AUGACACCGCCACAGCGUUACCAUCUGGGAGCCCACGGUCCCCGGCUUCGUUGUCACUCUCCACGGAAGGGAAAUACCGAAAUAGACAUAUAUACUCUCGGGAAAAGGAAAAGCCAUGACCGAAAAAAAGGAGGAAAGGAAAAGGAAAAGCAAGAGGAGGAGUUGGUGUUGGAGAAGAGGAAGAAGAAGACGCAUAGGAAGAGAGAGAAUGGGUUCGGCAGGGAAAAACACAGCAGAAUUCUUCAGGAGGAGAGACGAGUGGAGGAAGCACCCAAUGCUCACCAAUCAGUUCCGCCACGCCCUCCCUGGCUUCGGUAUCGCCGUUGUCGCCUUCGGCAUCUACCUCGUCGGCGAGCAGAUCUUCAGUCGCGCCGGCGCUCCUUCUUCCCACUCUCACUCUCACUCCCACUCCACCGCUUCUUCCUCUCACUGAUAUCUCUUCAGGUGAUGGUGGAAGGAGGCUGGGAAGAAGUAACAACUGUGGCACUUGCCCCUUUUUUAACGUCCAUUAAUAAGCUUUUAAGUUCAACUUAAACUGGCACCCUUGAAUUUGUAAAUCUCAGACUACCUUACCUAUCUUGGUAUUUUGUUUAUCACUAUUAUUGUUGCUACAUUUCAUACAUUGUGCUGCUUGUGCUUUGAGAUUUUACAUGUUUUCUUUCUUCA